AUGCGGCUCCCGACAACAUGUCCCCGCGGCGGCGCGGGGCGCGUGCUGCUGCUGCGCGGCGGCGCGGCGUGCGGACGACGGCGGGCGGUGUCGUCGGCGGCGGCUGGUGCCGAGAGAUUGAGUAUUCGCUGGGGGCCGGGUGAGCCGCCGCUCUACACCGGCACCAUCGCGGACCACUUCGCCGCCACGGUCGCGCAGCACGGCGACCGCCCCGCCGUCAUCGCGCGGGCGCCGCGCGGCGAGGACCAAGGCGACGCGGAGACGACGCUGACGUACCACGGGCUCGACGUCGCCUCCAACCGCCUGGCCGCGUCGCUCGCAUCGCUCGGCGUCGCCGCCGGCGAGCGCGUGGCCGUCUCCCUCGGCAACGCGCCCGAGUUCGCCACCCUCACCUACGCCCUCUACAAGCUCGGCGCCGUCCUCGUGCCCCUCAACCCGGCCCUGUCGCCCGCCCAGGUCGUCGCCGCCCUGCGCCACCUCGACGCCCGUGUCCUCGUCGUUGCCGCCGUCGCCGACCUGGCGUAUAAGCCGGCGCGCGGUCGGUGUAAUCGCCCUCUCGUCGCUGCUGUCACGGCGGCCGGCGAGGGGGGUGGCGAUGGGGGGGGGUUGGGCGGGGAGAGGGUGCGCAGCGAGGCGGUCCCGUCGCUUCGUCAUGUCGUCGUCGUUGAUAACCGUGCCCUUCAUCGCGGCCACGACCCCGGCGCGUCGUCCAGCGACGACCGCUGGCGCAUCCACGACAGCCGCGGCGCCCUCGUCUCCUACGACGCGCUCCUCGGCCAGGGCUCCGCCGGGGCCGUGGUCCCCUCGCGGCCGCUGUCGCCGUCGGACACCAUCAACAUCCAGUUCACGUCCGGGACCACGUCGACGCCCAAGGCGGCCAUGCUGACGCACACGUCCAUCCUCAACAACGGCGCCCUCAUCGCCGGGCGCAUGGGCCUCGACGCCGCGGACCGCAUCGUCGUGCCGCCGCCGCUCUUCCACUGCUUCGGCUCCGUCCUCGGCUACAUGGCCACGGCCUCGGCCGGCGCCGCCAUCCUGUUCCCCAGCCCGGCCUUUGACCCCGUCGCCACGCUGCGCAUGUGCGUCGACCACGCCGCCACGGGCCUCUACGGCGUCACCACCAUGCUCGUCGCCGUCCUCGACGCCCUCGACCGCCCGGGCGUCCUCGACCACCGCCGCCGCAGCCGCACCCCCCUCGCCGCUCACCUCCGCAAGGGCAUCGUCGCCGGCAGCAGCGUGCCCGAGUCGCUCAUGCGCGACAUCUACCGCCGCCUCGGCCUCGCCGACGCCGUCAUCUGCUACGGCAUGACCGAGACCAGCCCCGUCAGCUGCAUGACGACGCCCUCCGACCCGCCGGCCAAGCGCACCUCGUCCGUCGGCCGCCCCAUGCCCCACACCGCCGUCAAGAUCGUCUCCCCCACCGACCGCUCCGUCAUCCAGCCCCUCAACACCCGCGGCGAGCUCGCCGCCGCCGGCUACCUCGUCAUGGAGGGCUACUACGGCGACCCGGCCCGCACCGCCGCCGUCCGCGUGCGCGAGCCCGACCCGGACGGCGGGUCCACCGUCUGGAUGUACUCGGGCGACGAGGCCGUCAUGGACGACGACGGCUACGUCUCCAUCACCGGCCGCAUCAAGGACCUCAUCAUCCGCGGCGGCGAGAACAUCCACCCGCUCGACAUUGAAAACUGCCUCUUCCAGCUGCCCGGCGUCCAGGAAGCCAGCGUCCUCGGCCUCCCGGACGACCGCCUCGGCGAGUCCGUCGCCGUCUUCAUCAUCCCUGCCCGCGGCUGGGCGACGUCCGACCAAGGCGGCGCCCACGACAUCGGCAAAGACGCCGACACUCGCCCGUCGGAUGACGGCAGCCCCAGCCAAGGGACGCUGACCAAGGACCGCGUCCGCGACUGGGUGCGCUCCCACCUGUCGAGCCACCUGGUGCCCAAGCACGUCUUCUGGGCAAGCGAGUUCCCAAAGACGGCGAGCGGCAAGAUUCAAAAGUUUAAACUGCGCGACACGGCCACCGAGGCGUUGAAGGCCGAGGGCUGA